CGGCCCCGGAAGCGGCGGUGGCGGCGGGAGCGGGAGCGCGGCCGGACCCCUGACCCCGCCCUUGGACAGGGCAGGGUGGGGCAGGGCGGGGCAGGAACAGCACAGGCACCGCCCCGGCGCCCCCUGCUGGUCACAGGUGAGGCAGAGAUGGAGCCAGGGAGGACAGUGGACACGGCGUCCCCGAGCUGCCACCACAGCGGUGAGGAUGAGGAGGAAGAUGUGACAGCAGUGGCAGCCAUGGCAUCAUCCGUGUGUCACCCUGCUGGGAAUGAGGAGGAGGAGGACAAGGAGGUGGCAGCAGUGGUGACAGCCACAGUGUCCCUGGGGUGCCACUCCAGUGAGGAGGAGGAGGAGGAGGAGGUGGCAGUGGCCAUGACACCCCAGGGUGGGCCAUGUGGCAGGGAUGAGGAUGUGGUGACAGCAGUGACAGCGGAAGCAGCCACAACGUCCCAGGACUGUCAUCCCGGUGAGGAGGAGGAGGUGACCACAGCAGGGACAUCCCUGGGGUGUCCCCCACUUGGGGAUGAGGAGGAGGAGGAGGUGACCACAGCAGUGACAUCCCCGGGUGUUCAACCCAGUGAGGAGGAGAUGACCAUGGCAGCAACGUCCCCAGCACGGCCUCCUGUAGGGGAUGAAGAGGAGGUGACAGCAGCAGUGACAUCCCCAGAGAGUCACCCCAGUGAGGAGCAGGUGAUGGCAGCAGUGACAUCCCCAGUGUGUCACCCGGGCGAGGAAGAGGAGGAGGUGACGGCGGCGGUGACGGCAGCGGCGGCCACGUCGGCCCUGGGCGGGCGGCGUGGCGCAGACGAGGACGUGGCGGCCGCGGGCUGGCGAGCGCGGCGCAAACACGUGUUCGUGCUCAGCGAGGCCGGGAAGCCGAUCUACUCCCGGCACGGCAACGAGGAGGCGCUGGCGGCCACCAUGGGUGUCAUGAUGGCCCUCGUGUCCUUCAUCCAGAGCGGCGGCAACGCCAUCCGCGCCAUCUGCUCCGAGGACCGCACGCUGGUGUUCGAGCAGCGGGGCCCGCUGCUGCUGGUGUCGGUGUCCCGCACGCGGCAGUCGGCGGCGCAGCUGCGGCGGGAGCUGGCCUUCGUGCACGAGCAGAUCCUGUCGCUGCUGACCCGCGGGGGCAUCGCCCGCGUCUUCGCUCGACGCCGCGGCUUCGACCUGCGCCGGCUGCUGGCGGGCGCCGAGGCCGUGCUGGACCGGCUGCUCUGCGGGGCCGCGGCCGACGGGCGGCUGCUGCUGGGGGCCGCUCGCUGCCUGCCCCUGCCCGGGGGGCUCCGCCGCGCCGUGUCCGGGGCGCUCCGCCGCGCCGCCGCCGCCGCCCGCCCCGCGCCCGCCCUGGCCGUGCUGGCGGCUCGGGGCCGCCUGGUGACGGCGGCGCGGCAGCGGGCGCUGGCCGAGGGCGGGCGGCUGUGCGCCAGCGACCUCCACCUGCUGCUCAACCUGCUGGGCGGCGGGGCGGGCGCGGGGGCGGGCGAGGUGUGGACCCCCGUGUGCUUGCCCCGUUUCAACCCCGACGGGUACUUCUACGCGUACGCGGCGCGGCUGGGCGAGGAGGAGGAGGAGGAGGAGGGCGUGACGCUGAUCCUGCUGUCCACGGAGCGAGAGGGGUUCUACGCGGCGGCGGCGUGCCGGCGGCAGCUGGAGGACACGCUGCGGGCGCAGGGCUGGCUGGCCGAGCUGGCGGCGGCCGUGCGAGGGGGAGCGGGGUACGGCCCGUCCCGCCCCGGUGCCCCCGAGCUCCGGCACUUCCUCUACAAGCCCUUGGAGGGGCCGGAGGAGAUGCAGCAGCUGCCGCAGUUCACCAGCCCGGAGCUGGAGGAGCCCUACACCAGCGAGGAGGAGCAGCACCGGCUCUUCGACCUGUACCACUACCUGCACAGCCGUGUGCACAGCCCGCACCGGCCCCUGCGCCUGCUCUAUCACGUAGCUGAGAAGGAAACGCUGCUGGCCUGGGUGACCAGCAAGUUCGAGCUGUACAGCUGCUUCAGCCCGCUGGUGACGAAGGCGGGCGCCAUCGCCGUGCUGACCAAGCUGCUGCGCUGGCUCAAGAAGGAGGAGGACUGGCUGUUCAUCCGCUACCCGGCACCGUUCUGCGCCGCGCCCGCGCGCCCCGAUGGGCCCGAGCCCGAGGGCUGACAAUAAACACUGAGACCAA